AUGAUCAUUCUCUCAACAAAAGGCCAUAACAGGAGAAUUGCUAUUGCGUCUAACUCACAGGCAUUGCUAUUGAAAGCAGAAGUGGCUUCAACUGGACGUUUAAGCUGUUCUGUAGAAGUUGUUCCGAAGAAAGAAUGCAUUGAAAAGGGCUUUGAAAAACUCUCUGAUCUAGAGAUUUAUGCCUUCAUUGGGCUUAUUGAGAUCGAUGGUUUGUUAUUUAUUGGAACUAUUACAGGUAAACGGGAAGUUGCUCAACCAAUACCAGAGACAUCUAUAAAUAGGGUUCUUGCUGUUGAUUUCUUCUGCUUGAACUCUAAUCGUUGGGAUGGCUAUGAUAUCGAUGACAACGGGUAUCCAAUGGAUACUGACAAGUCAAAACCUCCACCUAAUAAGAAUGAUAAUGUUAGGCACCCAUGUUGGGCUUUAAUGAAAUUACUUUCAAAUGGAAGCUUUUACUUUAGUAACGAAUUUGAUUUGACAUCUUCACUACAGAACAGAGGAUUCUACUCUAGUGGACUUAACGAUAACGUUUACGAUGAAAAAUAUAUGUGGAAUAACUUCAUGAUGAUACAACUUAUUGGAUAUAGAGAUAGGCUAGAUAGUGAAACAAAAGAGUUAUUUGAUACUGAGGGAUUUAUAACAAGCAUUAUCCGGGGCUACUGUGAAACCGCAAUAACAUACAUUAAUGAUUUUAAAGUUGGCAUGACCAUAAUAUCUCGCGAAAGCUUCAAGAGGACAGGCUAUAAAAAUCGUGUAAGGGGAACUAAUGAUGACGGAGAAACAGCUGAUUUUAUUGAAACAGAGUUUAUUAUGUAUUCUGGGUCAUUCUGCUAUGCAUAUACACAAAUUAGAGGUAGCGUGCCAUUGUUUUGGGAACAGAAAGAGUACUCUACUAAUCCUAAGAUUCAUAUAACUAGGGCUUUAGAGGCUACUAAACCUGUUUUUGAGCGCCAUAUGACUGCACUCCUUAACACUUACGGUCAUAUGAGAAUAGUCAACCUAUUAUCAACUAAAUCAGAUGAAUCAGAGCUAAAUGAAAAAUUUCAUGAGCUUUUGUCCCUGUAUCCGGAGAGCUGCGAAAUAAUUGACUUCGACUUAAAGAGAGAAUACAUUCAAGAUGGUAUUAUAGCUACAAAACGUCUCAUCCCCAUGGUUUUAAAAUUCGUUGAGCAAGAUGGAUAUUAUUCUUAUUAUAUAUCAAAACAUAGAACCCUCUCAGAACAGCAAGGGAUAUUCAGAACAAAUUGCCUAGAUUGCCUUGGAAGAACGAAUUUAGCUCAGCAAAUAAUUUCUAUGACAGCAUUUAGGACAUUUCUUGAAGAUUCUCAAAUUAUAAAAUGCAGUGACUACAUUGAAGAUAAGGAGUUUUUUUUGACUCACAAUAAAAUUUGGGAAGAUAAUGGCCUUGAACUUGCUAAAAUACACACAGGAAAUACUAAUGAUAACAACAUUGUUCAAAAGAAAAGCAAAUUAUCGUUGUCCAGUAGAUUCUCUAGUGUCAAAAAUUCUGUGAAUAGAAAAUACUUCAAAGUAUUUACUGAAGAAAUAGAACUCGACACAACUGAUUUGCUUUUGGGAAGAAAGGAUGACCAAUAUCCUGUUGAAAUUUUUGAUCUGCUGACAGAGUUUGUUAAUAAUGGUUUGAGACAACGAAUUUCAGAAUAUUCUAGUUAUAGACAGGUUAGCAUAUUCGUCGGAUCUUAUAAUGCAUCUGGCAAAGUUAUAGACGAUGACUUAACUAAAUGGCUAUUCCCAAUAGAAGAGAAAUUCAAAGCAGAUAUUGUUGUUAUAGGACUGCAAGAGGUAGUCGAAAUGUCAGCAAGAUCUAUAUUGAAUGCUGAUGAAUCUAAAGGUGGUAUGUGGGAGGAAACUAUUCGGACCUAUCUAGGAUUUUAUGGUGAUAGUUAUCUAUUACUAAGAAUAGAACAUAUGACAUCUCUCACUUUAUUGGUGUUUGCUAAAAAAGGAAUGAUAGACUUAGUAAAAAAUGUGGAAGGAACUUAUAAAAGAACCGGAUUUGGAGGAAUAGCCGCCAAUAAAGGAGCUGCUGCAUGUAGUUUAAAGGUUGGCGAAUCGAGCUUUUGCUUUGUUAAUUGCCAUUUAGCGGCCGGUGAAUCUAAUGUGGAUGACCGGAAAAAUGAUUAUGUAUCAAUAAAGGAUGGACUGAAAUUUUCUGUUGGUAAGACUUUGGAUGACCAUGACAAUAUCUUUUGGUUUGGUGACAUGAACUACAGGGUUACUAUGCCAAAUGAAAAUGUCAGAGAUGAACUUAUCCAGAAGAAGGAUGGCUAUUUAGAAAAUUUACUAAUGCAUGAUCAGCUAACUCAGGAAAUAUGCUCGGGGACAGUAUUUCAUGGCUAUAAAGAGCCUGAAAUCAGGUUUAAUCCGACCUACAAAUAUGAUAUUGGUACCGAAUUAUAUGAUACCUCAGAUAAGGAACGAACACCUUCUUGGACUGAUAGAAUAUUAUACAAAGGUAGCAAUAUACAAGUAUUAUCCUACUCCGAUGUCGAUCUCCUUUAUAGCGAUCACAAGCCGAUAUAUGGUGCCUAUAGGGUGAAAGUACUGACCGUGGACUCAUUAAAGAGACAAGUUAUCAAGGAGGGAUUGCAUAAGGAGUUUGAGAAUUUAGAUAAUAUAAAUCAUUUGUCAAUUGAUGAUGAUGUGAAUUCUUCUGUGUCUAGCCUGUCAGUGUCAUCCUCACAGAAAACCACAUCAAGAAGCCUUUCAGUUAAGAGAAAUAGUUCUGGAUCAAUACAAAGAAGACCACCUCCUAUGGAGUCUCCUCCUUUUAAUGCUUCUUCAACAGUAACAAAGAAGAACUCAUUCAAAAGACCUCCCCCACCUUCAAUUAGUAGUACAAAUUCUUCGCACUCUUAG